AUGAACGCCGAAAAGUGGAGGAGGAGGACUCUCCCAACUCUCCGCACGACGCCCCCUGUCCCGAUCCCUCACAAUGGGAAAAAGGAGUCUGAGAAUGGCGACGGCAAGAAGCCUCGCGUCUUCUCCAAGGCCCUUCGCUCUCUCAGCAACUCGUCCAUGGAGUCCAUGUCCCAGAGCCCUUCUCGAAACUCGACCUCCACGCGCCGUCUCCAGAAGAACCACUCCGGCUCCGGAUCCAUGAUCGAUAGAAUUCACCGCCGAGUCUCGAGCGUGUCGCCCAUGAGCGCAUCCGCCCCCGAAUUCUCCUCAAUGCCCCCCGAGGUGCCUUAUUCGUCCAUGGAGGUUGCCCAAUAUGGCCCCCUUAAGACCGAUGUCACCCUCCUCAAGGCACGCGCCGAAUACCUCGUUCUCACCGACGCCUGUUUGGUCAAGUUUGGGAGCGCCGAGGCCGCAAGGGCUGUCUUCCCGCAGCUGGAACAGGGGGACGGCAUGUUGAAGCCUGGCGGCUCCCCCUAUUCUGCCGGCGGUAAGUCCUCAGCAGCAGAUGUCCGUAUGGAGAUUCCUCUACGUUCCAUCGUUGCUGUGUUCAAUGAGGAAGGUUCAAGCCCUCGGUUCGGCAUCGAAGUCUGGUGGUUUGCUCAGUGGCCCAAGCUGGCAUACUCCAAGGCACACCUGUUCUUCAUGCUUCCCAAGGACCGUGAUGACUGGCUAGCCAGCAUUCAAAGGGCCUGCAGGAUGAACCUCAGACGAUCACCACCUCCAUCAUUGAUCCCCGGCAACCUCAAGGCCAGAAUCAAUCACAUCGUCGAGACCACGGAGCCUGACGCGAACAACAGUCUCUCUAAGAUCCUGACUUUUCCCGUUGUCAAGCGCACAAUUGGGGCGCCCCAAAAGACCAACUCGGCCGAGGAGUCUCAGCACUUUGUGGACGGUCCCUCGUUUUACAUUGUCAUCGGACCAUGCAUGCUGUACUUCCUCGAAGUUCUCAAGGCAGAUUAUGGAACCACCCCCGGUGACCUGCGUGUGAAGGUUCAGUCCUUUGGCACAGUUUCACUCAUCCGCUUCCGAGCAUCUGUUGCGUCGCACGAACAGAGAUUUGUCAUGAGCUUUCGACUUCCCCUCGGCCGCGAGAGCAGACUCGAGCUCGCCAGCGUUCACUAUCGACGAGUCAUUGAGGCCAUGACCAAGGUAGAUCGAGAACUCAAGCCCAUGUGGCCGCAGCAUCUGCAAAAGGCAAUUUUUGACAUCAAGGGGCUUCCCCCACCGCUCUCACUGACCUCAGGCAACGACUUGGGCGGACUGGAGCGAAGCUUGCACGCAUACUGCGCUGCAUUCAAAGUUCAAGUUCCUCGAUGGACUAUUGAAUGGAACACGCCAUCUCAACCCGCUUUUCGCUUGUUACCUUCAAGUGGACAGCCCUACUCUACACUACAGCUCCUCGCGCUUUUCCGAGCUUUGCGUUACAACAGCUACUUCAAGGAGCUCUCUUUCCGCAAUAUCGACUUGUCUGGUCUUGCUGGCAAGAAGGAUUAUUCUCACUUUGGAGAUGCCAUCGCCUACACAUCUCUGAAUGGAAUCAAAAUCUCGGAAGAGCACUAUGAUCUUUUGAUGCAAGCAUCCGUCCUCAGUCAGGAGAUGCACGCUCUGGCUUUCUCGUCCGAGUCUAUUCGUAGCAUGGACCUGAGGAACAUCCUGGGCUCUCAAAGUACGGUUCGACGCUCCAAAGAUCAUGAGGGUGCUCGAAGAGUCAGCUCAGAAGUUCUGCGCCCGAUCCUCAUGUUGUUGAGGCGCCAGGCUUGCCUCUGUCACAGCAUCACUAUGGCCGGCAACCUCCUUGCCCCGGCCGAUGUUGAGGAGCUAUCCAACCUCCUCGUCCUCGAAGAUGUUUACAUGAGAAAGCUCGAUCUAGCAAAUUGUGGGCUUGGCGAUGAGGGUCUUACAACUCUAUGGACUGGUAUCGCAGGCCAGGGCACCAGCCUACAGCACAUCGACACCUCCGAAAACCAAGGCACUGUCAAAUUCGAGAUUAUUUACGACGCUCUCAGCCAACUCCAGGUCAUCAAGAAGCUCAACAUUGCCGGAAACACCCGCAUCCCGCUAGAUGUUCCCUUGUUUGACGAAUCGGCCUUGCACACUUGGGCCCUGGAGGAGCUUGACUUGUCUGGUAUUGCACUCAAUGCUCCAACAGUUGACAUCUUGACUGGGUACCUGGCUUCACCCAGUUCGGACAACUUGCGAGUGCUUCGCCUGAGUAAAUGCGGCCUAACAGGAGCUCAAAUAGCCCAGAUGUUCUAUGCUAUGGGCCCUGCCAGACAAAUAACACUUUACAUCAAUGGCAAUCGCCUAGAUGAGGGUAUUGAUGACAUGUGCGCAGUCAUCACUGAGGGUUUUGGCCCAUGGGGUCUAUUCAUUCAAAUGGUAGAAUUCGCUUUGGAGACGAACUACAUCAAGCUAUUGAAAGCGCUCACGGUCAACACAACGAUCGAGUGUCUGAGCUUGGCCGGCACAGCCACCCCCGACUCUGCCAGCGAGACAGCCUGCAAGGCACUCGCAGACCUCUUCUCCAACAACAACACCAUCAGAUUCCUCGACCUCUCUGGCUUUGAUGCCAAGCUGGACGAGGGUCGCCUCGGUCGACGCUUCUCCAAGGCUUUGAGUGGGCUUCGAUCAAACACGCGACUCGAGCACCUCCGCGUACGAAGCCAGAUGCUGAACGUUAAUAUUGGUGAUCUGGCAGAGGCCAUAUCUGCCAACAAGACGCUCCACAGCCUCGACUGUGAGGGCAAUGACUUUAAUCUCUCUAAUUUCAGGCAUCUCGUGAAGCAUCUUAGCGAUAGCACGACGAUUCGUUAUUUCUCGGCAUUUUCGGAUCGUGAUCUCGCACAGACUAUUCAGAAAUCGGUCGACAACGCUGUGGCUGCUGCCACUUCCACAGCACGCAGACAAUCGAUGAUGUCUAGGCUGCGGCAUGACAAGGUUCCCCCGAGCAUCAGUCUCCCUCUUGCGCAGCAGCUGAGAGAUGGAUGGGAGGACUCGGUACAAACGCAGCAACAGGUUCUGGAAAGGAACCGGCUGCUCUUUGAAGCAGGGGAAGACGGUCGAAACGAUUCAGGAGAAGGCUUCCUGUUUAGUGACGGCGAAGAAGACUUUUCCAAGGCAUUCGGCGGGCUUGCGCUGAAAUCAUUCGAGGCCAAGCGGGCACAGACACGUCGGAUGUCAAACCCAACUCUGAACCCGAAGAGGGCUAGUACCAUAUCUCUGGGGGCGACUCGCCUGGUUGGAUCUUCCUUUGAUCCUAGCACCAGAGUAUCAAGAUCUUGGUCAAGAUCUUACUCGAUCGUCUCGAGCGAAGGGGGCAUGAGUGCGACAGGCGAAAGCCCAAGCACAGGCUCAGCAGUCCCGACACCCCCUGAGGUUGAGAGCCCGGUGGAUAAGGAGUAUCUGCUGGGCAACCCGGAAGAGACUCAGGCGGCCCCUCUGGGGUCCCCCGACAACGACUACACAUUUGCCGAUCCCCAGGACACAGAAUUCGGGCUGGAGCUUCGAGCUCACCGAAGGUUCUGGAGCGAUGAGGCUGGAUGCAUUGAGGAGGAGGACAAUGGGAUUCAAGUUGAUGAACGGCGUCCAUGA